CCUGCUCGCUAUGUAUUAUUUAUUUUUAUAUCACAGGAUAUGUCUGGUGACGUGAACUAGUUUCAUCAUAGCAAGAAGACAAAACUAGUUUAAUGUUUGUUAUGUCCACUACUGUUUCUUUUUCUGUCUUCUUAUUGUAUUAGAAAUGGCCAUGUCUUAUAUAAUACUCCCUCCAUUUUAAAUUAUGGGUUAUUUUGUCUUUUCUAGGUACAUGGUUUUUACUAUGAUCUUUCGAAAAAAAAUAUUAUGUAUCAGGACAUGGCUUAUGUCUAGAUGUAUAGCAAAAUAUAUGUACAUAGAAAAGCUAAAAUGACCCAAAAAAAAUUAGCACGGAGGGAGUAACCGCUAGUGUGUGAGGUUUUAUAUAGCUGUCCAACCUUUACUGCUCCCAGCUGUGCUACAAAUAUCUCUAGUAUGAACAUGCAGCAAGGCUUCUCUCUCCACAGUCCACAAACAAAUAUGGAACUAGUCUUUUCACGGCUCCAAUGGCUGAUACUCCUACCUUUGGUCUUCCUCUUUAUUCUCCUCUCCUACCUGUACACCAUCCUAUGGCUGAGACCAGAGAGGCUGAGGCAGAAACUGAGGAGCCAGGGAGUGAAGGGGCCCAAGCCUUCUUUCCUCUUUGGAAACAUAGCGGAGAUGAGGAGAAUCCAGAAGGAACUGGCCAUAUCUGUCCAAGAACUGCAAGCAGGGACCACUGAAAAGUUCUCCUCGGAUUAUACAGCCACCCUAUUCCCCUACUUCCUCCAUUGGAGCAGAAUUUAUGGUUCCAUCUUCUUGUAUUCAACUGGGAGCAUACAAAUUCUGAAUAUGACAGAUCCUGACAUGGUGAAAGAGCUGGCCAAUUGCAAAUCUUUUGAUAUUGGAAGGCCUUUGUCUUUGCAAAAAGAGCGUGGGGCUCUUCUUGGCAUGGGAAUAUUGGCAUCAAAUGGUGAGCUUUGGGCACAUCAAAGAAAGGUGAUUGCACCAGAGUUUUUCAUGGACAAGGUUAAGGGCAUGUUGCACGUGAUGGUCGAAGCUGCAAUGCCAAUGUUGACUUCAUGGGAAAACAUAACUGCAGAGACUGUGGUGGAUGAGUCCUUGAGAAACUUUUCAGCUGAAGUCAUAUCGAGGACUUCAUUUGGAAGCAAUCUUGCUGCAGGUAAAGAGAUAUUCAACAAAAUUCGGCAACUUCAGAUUGCAAUGGCAGAGCAAAGCAUGCUUGGUGUUCCCGGAAUAAGAUACUUGCCAACAAAAACCAAUAGAGAAAUUUGGAGUCUGGACCGCAGCAUUCGUCGCCUCAUUUUAAAUGUAGCUCUGAAGCACGAGCAAGAUUCAGACGCCUUGUCAACUAAGGAUCUCCUGCACUCUAUAAUUAAGGGUGCUAAAGCCCGCCACUUCGCUUCGCAGACGCCUGAGGAUUUCAUCAUCGACAACUGCAAGAACAUCUACUUCGCAGGGCAUGAAACAACCUCAACCACUGCUGCAUGGUGCUUGAUGCUUCUUGCUUCACACCCUGAAUGGCAGUCCCGUGCUCGGACUGAGCUAUUGGAUGUUUGUCAAGGGAAACCAAUAGAAUUUGACAUGCUGCGGAAGUUGAAAAUGAUAACAAUGGUGAUCCAGGAGACCCUUCGCCUGUACCCUCCAGCAGCGUUUGUGGCACGAGAAGCUCUGAACGACCUAAAAAUUGGUAGCCUCAACAUUCCAAAAGGAACCAACAUCAGAAUCCCAGUAGCGCUGGCUCACCGGGAUCCUGUUGUCUGGGGUCCCAAUUCCGACAGGUUUGAUCCUGGCAGGUUUGCCAACGGCAUAGCAGGCGCCUGCAAGGCCCCUCAUAUGUACAUGCCCUUUGGUGUUGGUGCCCGCACCUGCGCCGGCCAGAACCUGGCCAUGGUUGAGCUCAAGGUUGUGCUAUCACUUGUGCUGUCAAAGUUUGAGUUUGCACUUUCGCCAAAAUACGUGCAUUGCCCAGCAUUCAGACUGACCAUUGAGCCUGGGAAUGGCGUGCCUUUGAUUCUUAAGAAGCUUUAUUAAACCAAUGAUUCGUGUCAGUGCACACUACUGUAGAACUUUGUGCCUCCCCUUCUUGUCUCAACUGUUGGAACGUUUAAUUACUCUAGCUUCAGGUACUUGUUGCUAUGGUAUACAUGUUACAUGGGAUGAACAAUUCGGUAAUCGUGAAUGCUUUGUUGUCAGACCUCUGUA